UAUCACCGAAUUGUAACCCGUUUCAAAGUGAACGUGCAAGAAAUAUCAAUGCAAUUUAAUCUCGUUUAAAAAAAAAAAGAAAGAAACAAUAAAUUUCGAUUACUUAAACUUUAAAGAUUGUUUGUUGGGUGGGGGCGAAAAAAUAUCGAGAGAAUUUUUGAACGUUGGACCCCUCUCUUUAAACAAUCGCGUAUUAUAUUCGUUUUUCUACUGUAUUGUGUAUCUUAUCUUUAUAUUAAAAUUUAAAAGCCGAAAAAGUGGAUAAUACCUCGACUCAAGCUUCGAAUAUCGAUCAUUGUUCAAAUCGAUUCGAUUCGAGUUCGACGACUUCUCAAAAUGACACAAUUCGCAACCGCAGAAAGCGAAUAUAAUAAAGACAAAAAGAUCCGUAAGGAAGAUGUCGAGGCUUUGGAGGAGUGGGCUAAAAAACAACCUCAUUUACCCAAAAUUUCCGAGGUAAAAUUGAUCCAAUUUUUGCAAAGUAAUUAUUAUCGCUUGGAGGCAACCAAGACUUGCAUCGAUAAAUAUUACACGAUUAAAGCCCAAUGCCCCGAUAUUUUUGCAAACAGAACCGUUGAUUCGGUUAAAGACAUCAUGAGCAUCGUAACUGCCACGUUAUUGCCUAAAAAGAGCAAAAAUGGGUACACCGUUUUAUUCUGCAAAUUGAUGGACAAAAACAGCGAUAACUUCAGCAACUUGGAGGUUAUUAAAUACUUCGAUAUGGUCCUAAGCGUGCUUUUGGCCCAAUUAGGAACUUGCGAGGGGCACGUUUUGGUCAUCGAUAUGGAAGGGCUCAGUUUGAGUCAUAUCGCUAAAGUUAACAUCAACGUGACCAGAAAAUACAUGUAUUUCCUUCAGGAAGCCCUCCCAAUCAGGACCAAAGAGAUCCACAUCGUCAACGUAAGCGCUUUGGCCCAAAAACUUCUAAAUUUAGUGAAAUCUUUCAUCAACAAAGACAUUUUAGACGCGCUUCACCUCCACACUUCGGUUGAUGGAUUAUUCGAGUUCAUCCCUAAAGAUGCUUUACCAAGCGAGUAUUCGGGACAAAAUGAAUCUUUGGUGGCGAUGCAAAAAGAGGUGAACAAAUCCUUGGUGGAUAACCAACAAUUUUUGCGCGAAGAUGAGAAAGAAAUCGCAGAUGAAACUAAACGCGUAGGGGGGAAAGCUAAAUAUUUAGAUGAAGAACCCGAAAUGGCCGGAAGCUUCAAGAAAUUGGAUGUUUUUUAAAAUUAAUUCAUUAAAAAUUUUGACUUAAAA